AUGUUUUUAACAGAAUGUGACCUCACUGGGAUACCAGAGAACAGAAUAAGCAGAUCAGAUCCAGUUGUUCAUCCAAGUCCUAGAAGCAGCAGUGUGAGAAUCGGAGCGGUGGCAAACCCAGCAAGACCAGGAGACAGCGACCUUCUGGACACCCGUACUCAAUCACUAGGUAAAGAGAAUGAAUUUCAGGAUUAUCUGUUAAAUCAGGCAAGACAUCUUGGACUGAGUGACAAAUUUGGUCCUUUGGAAUCUGCACAUAUUUUCACCCGGAAACACACAAAGAUGGAUGCAGAUGGGGAAAAUAAAAAGCUGCGCACACGCUCAAAAGGAACCAAGGUUCAAGUGGACUCGAUAGCUCAAGAGCUCAGUGCCUACAAAUGUUCCAUGGCUAAGAAGAGAAAAGCUGAAGAACAGAUAUCAGGCGUUCCCGUCAACAAAAGGAAGUCCCUGUUAAUGAAACCCCGCCACUACAGCCCCAGCUUGGAAUGCAAGGAAGAAAAUGAAGACAGGACGGAUUUACAGGAAGAGAUCAGUGUCCUUGAACGCAGCUCAACUCCAGAGGAAAGUACUCCAAAAUCAGCUGAGGAAACCCCUCAUUCAGGUGGGCAAGAAAAUUCCAGUCAAAGAAAAGAUUACUCCAGCUACCAAGAUGCCAUGGCCAAAUCUUUGAUGAACAUGGGAAAAUUAGCAAAAGAUGCACCCAGUCAAACAGUGGCAGAAAAUCUAAAUGAUAGCGGCAUUCAAUCCUUAAAAACAGAAAGUGAUGACACUGAUGAAUGUUACAUGAUUAACUCAGCUGAAAGAAAGGAAAAGACUGUUAUUUCUGGCCCCAAAUACUGUUCUUCUGAGGAAAAUGAAAGUAACUCUGAAAUUAUGGACAACGAGUGGGACAGCUCCUCAAAUUUCUCAGAAGAAACUAGUGUAAAGCCCCAUGUAACUCAGAAGUAUAUUGUAGAGUGUAAUCAACCCAGCAUACUGGAAGUCCCAGAAAUUAAGAAGGAAGAGGUAGAAUUUGGCCCUUGCGAAACACUUUGUGACUCAGAAACAGAGCUAAGAGCACCCCAGGAGUCCCACCCAGAUCCUUUCGAGAAGAGAAUUCAGAAUCCCUUCCCUGAAAGUGAAGAAGACGACAAUGAGUGCCUGUCAGAAACCACAGAAGUGUCAGUUGAGCUGGACAAAUCAAAAGGGAACUUGAGUUUGCUAGAACAAGCAAUCGCUCUGCAGGCAGAGCAGGGGCAUGUGUUUCACAGCACCUACAAGGAACUGGAUAGGUUUCUUCUGGAGCAUCUAGCAGGGGAGAGGAGACAAACCAAAGUUAUUGACAUUGCUGGGAGACAGAUAUUUAGCAACAAACAUUCACCCAGGCCUGAAAAGAGAGAAACCAAAUGUCCCAUCCCAGGAUGUGAUGGCACAGGGCACGUGACUGGGCUGUACCCUCACCACCGCAGUCUCUCAGGCUGUCCACAUAAAGUUAGAGUGCCACUAGAAAUUCUUGCCAUGCAUGAAAAUGUUUUAAAGUGCCCCACCCCAGGAUGCACUGGAAGAGGACAUGUCAACAGCAAUCGCAACACACACAGAAG